CUCUAGUUAAAACCAGAAAAAAAGAUGGCCGCACGAAACAAGUGAAAAAUUUCAUUCAACAAUAAUAGAAUAAUAAACAAUCGAAAUAAAUUGUGAUUUUAAACAUUAAAAGUAUAUUUAUUUAAUAAUAUAUGAUAUAAGUUAUUAGGGAAAUAUGAAGUUUUUACUUUGCGCCUAGGAAAACAAUGUAAAAAGAAGAAAACAAAAAGUGCCACAAUUUGAUGUCUGCCAGAGUUCAUUGAAAAAAAGAAAGACCAGUGAGUUUCUACUCUGCUGCUGCUACUGGUGCUUCUUCUUCAUCGACUGCUUACCUAUCUAUGAAACGGGUUGCUACUGUGUGUGCGUGUGCAUUUGUGUGUUUAUGGAAGAAGAUUUUCCAAAAGAAAAAAAAUCAAUCAACGACGUGAGAAGAAAUCAAAGGCGUGUAAUCAAUAACUUUUAAGAAUAAUCAAUUUUGCAAUAAUGAUUUUCUAAUACAGUGAAGAAGCAGCAUUGCGAGUUUAUAGCAACUUGAUAAAAUGUUACAAUACAAAAAUCCCUCUGCCGCGCAAGGUAAUGCCUCUGCUACAGCCCCGCCUACACAGCAGACACAGGUACAGCAGCAGCAACAACAACAACAGCAGACGCAACAACAAACAACUGUCCAAAAUGCAGCGGGCCAACAACAACAAAUCCAAUCACAGCCCACCCAAGUUAAAGCCACAUUUAUGAAUCCUGCUGCCGGCCAGGCGGGUCAGGCCCAAUUGCAGGCGGCCGGUAGCACCACUUUGCAGCCGAAUCAAAUACCUUUGUCACAGAUCAUUAAUAUUCAACAAUUGCCGCAACAGUUUUUGCAGGCAGCUGCAGCCCAACAGCAAACACCCCACCAACAGACGCAAACAUUGCCACAAAAUAUGUUCCAAAUAGUGCAGCCGAUGCAAACGGUGAAUAUAGAUGGACAGGAAGCUAUAUUCAUACCGAACUUUAAUACCCAAUUGGCGGCAGCUCAACCGGUAAAUAUCAACGGCCAACAGGUAUUUUUAACGCCCAAUGGACAGAUAGUACGUGCACCACAGGCUGCCCAACAGACCACAGCAGUACAGCUGCAACCGGGUACGCAAUUUAUACAGGGUCUAGGACAAACCAUACAACUGCCAGCUGGAUUCGGUACUGCUGGGGCUCUGCAAGAACAGACAAUGUUCACAAUACCCGGGACGAAUAUACAAAUACCCAUAACGACAGCUCCCACACCGCAGCAAAUCCAACAGCAGCAAUUGCAGCAGUUGUUCCAGCAGCAGCAACAACAACAGCAGCAGUCUCAGUUACAGGCCCAGGUCCAGGCUCAAGCACAGGCCCAAGCCCAACAACAGGCACAGCAACAACAGCAGCAAGCCCAGCAACAGGCCCAACAGCAGCAGCAACAACAACAGGUAAAUAACGCCGCUGCAGCUGCCAAUAGCAAUGCAACGUCAGGAUCAGUUCCCAACAAUGCAACUCCUGGACAAAAUGCUCCCCUGCAAACGGCAAAUAUAACACCAACUGGUGGUACGACGACAACCACAACUUUGCCCAGCACAAUAACAAUUCCCGGUACAAAUAUACAGAUUCCCACCUCUGUGGCUGCAGCCAACGGCCUCUUGGGCAAUUUACAACAACUCCUGGCAGCUGGUGGAAAUGCUUCCAUAAAACUUGACAAUGGUCAAACACUGCAAAAUAUACAAAUCCGCCAAGCCGGGCCCGCCACAACUGCUACGACGGGCACAGCAUCACAACUGCAACAAAUUGUGCAAUUUCCUCCAACCUUGCAGCAAGCACCUACGGCUGCCGUUCCCCAACCAGCAAUACAACAGACCACCGUUGCAGUACAAGUUCCCAUACAAACGGCAAAUGGUCAGACUAUCUAUCAAACCGUACACGUACCCGUCCAGCAAUUGGCCGGUGGAGCGAGUGGCAUUUCAGCAACCAAUCUUCUUCCAACCGCCCAACACAUGGCCAUGCCUCAAAUAAUACCACAGUAUACGCAAAUAGCACAGAUUGUCACUCCGAGCGGGCAGAUUCAGCAGGUCCAAUUGGCUCCACUGAAUGCUCUAACAUCCUAUCAGCAAUUACCCACUAAUGCCAAUAUUAUUCACAUUCAGAAUGCAGCUGUGGCCCAGCAGCAGGCGGCAGCAGUUGUCCAUCAGCAACAACAACAGCAGCAGCAACAACAGCAACAGGUACAAGUACAACAGCAGCAACAGCAACAAGUCCAACAACAAGCUGCAGCGGCAGCUGUGGCUGCUCAACAGCAGGCUGCCCAAGUUCAACAUCAGCAGCAAUUACAACAACAACAGCAACAAAUAAUCAAUGCCAUCAAUGCGGCUAAUGAGUCGGGAGCUCAAAUACCUACCAAUCAACCCAUAACCAUAACCAAUGCCCAAGGGCAACAGGUUACGGUAAUACCAGCUCAACAACUGCAACAAUUCCAACGUGCCAAUAUUGCUGCUGCAACUCAUCAAACUGCGGCCACCGCAACCCCUGCACCACAAGCAACAACUGCAUCCGCAACUGCCACAGUACCCCAAACAGCAGCAGCGAAUCUCAUACAAUUCCAACAAAUGCCCGGACUGCAAGCAUUGCCCAUACAAAAUAUUCCCGGUAUAGGUCAGGUGCAAAUUAUUCAGGCUCAACAACUACCGCCCAAUCUGCAGGCUGCUAAUAUUCAACAGAUUUUAGCUGCAACAGCGGCAGCUGGUCCUCAAACGGCCGCCAAUGCCGGGCAACAAAAUGUACAACAAUCCUCUCCCCAGACCACAAAUUCUAAUUCCCACUCUCAGUCAACCGCCCAGUCAACAUCACAAAAUGCUCCCACAACCACCUCCACACAGCCAUCUCCACAAGCUUCCCAACCAACAUCAACAACAAACAAUACAACGCCGGGCAGUGUUACAACGGCAACAUUGCAACAAAUCACUGGCAAUUCCUCGAAUGUCACCACCACAGGACAACAACAGUCCACCACAAAUCAAACUUCCCCGGCCAACAAUAACAACAGCACCAACCAGCAGCAGCAACAUCACCAGUUGGCCACACAACAGAACAAUACACCCAGUAGCACAACGGCCAUAACUUCGGCCACUUUGCAGCAGCCCAAGCAGGAACCACCAUCACCCACACAAAUUGGCCAGACAUUGAUCACCAACAUUAAACAAGAACCACCAGAUAACGGCGGCAGCAUUCCUGCCGGUACCACAUCCAUUAGUGUUCCUGCCUCACCCGUUGCUGCCAAUGCUGUGACGAGUACCCAAAUUAAAUGGUUAAUGCCACAGGCUACAACUGUUACCCAGGUACAGCAGCAACAGGCGCAAUUACAGCAAAUCCAACAGCAACUCCAACAAGCUCAACAGCAACAGCAGCAGCAACAACAACAUUUGCAGCAGCAGCAACAUCAAUUCCAGCAACAACAACAACAACAGCAGCAGCAACAAUCCCAGCAAUCCCAACAGCAACAACAUAUCGUCUCAGCCAUCGAUAAUAUGGGAAUACCAGUAACUUUGCCGGCAUCACUGCAAAUUACUCCCAUUCCAGCCAACUUGCAAGGAGCACACCAGCAGCAACAACAUUUCACCAUACCAAUUGGCAGGACCACACUCAUUAAACCCCAUGCUGGGAGUAAUUUAAGUGUUUCAACAACAGCACCACAAACAUCAACAUCAUCGGUGACCAGUAAUUUAGGAGGCACACAAAUUACCAUUGCCGCCACAACCACCAAUGCCAAUAACAACACGCAACAGCAGAAUAGCAAUCAAACAUCAAAUACAACAACUCAAGCACAACAACAGAAUGCUAAUGCUGCGUCCUCCAUAGUCCAGCCAGCAACAGGAGCAGCUCCCCCGCCACAACCACCACCACCCACACAAACUUCCGUCAAUGUAAAUAUCAAUCUAAAUGAUCCCGGUAAUUUGGGUAUAAAACCGCGUCUGAAACGAGUUGCCUGCACCUGCCCCAACUGUGUGGAUGGUGAAAACAAGUCCGAUCGCAAAAAACAACACAUCUGCCACAUACCCGGUUGCAAUAAAGUCUAUGGCAAGACAUCCCAUCUGCGAGCCCAUUUACGUUGGCACACAGGCGAACGACCGUUUGUCUGUUCCUGGCUUUUCUGUGGUAAACGUUUCACACGAUCCGAUGAACUGCAGCGUCAUCGUCGAACCCACACAGGGGAGAAACGAUUUCAAUGUCCCGAAUGUUAUAAGAAAUUUAUGCGUUCCGAUCACUUAUCCAAACACAUCAAAACCCAUCAGAAAUCUCGGGCAGCUCUCGAACGUAUUGAAUUGUAUAAUUAUAAACAGGAUAAUAUCAAACAAGAACCGGGCGGAGAUGAUAUGCAGGAUAUGGAAAAUGUUGUGGGAAUGGAUAUGCCACAAAGAGGAGGUCACCAACAACAUCAUUUAGAUGCCAAUACAGUUGCGGGUUCAACUGGUGGCAUGGUGGUGAGUGUGGCCGGUGGCAAUGGCUCGGGUAUGGGCAAUACUUCUAUGUCAUCGCUGGAUGGCAGUUUAAACAAUUCAUCCACCGGUGGUGGUGGUGGUGGUCUAAUAAUGCAUGAGGCUGAUAUUUCCAAUCAAACCGAUAGCUAUGGCGAGGACGAUGACUGUGAUGACGACGAAGACGAUGAGCUAAUGGACGACGAAGAAGACAGCGGAGAUGAUGAAGAAAAAAUGACCAUUUCUAUUAAUGAAUUUCCCGAAAACUCCAACUAGCAGGAUAUAGAUAUGCUAAUAGAACAAUAUAUGUUUGAUGAUUUCUGAUGAAAGUGAGUAAAAUUGUGUUAGAGACUGAAUGAAUGAAGAGGACAUUUGACGGAAAAUUGGUAACGGAAAUUUAGGAGGAAAGAGAAUUUGUAGGGGAGACGUGGAUUGAAGGGGAUUGGGCUUUUGUGGUCGAUUUAAUAUUUCCAAGUUGUACAGUGUCCACUUUUAAUUACAAGUUGAAAAGAUUUGCACUUCUUUGCAAAGUUGAAAAAUCGAGGGAGAAAUGUAAUUUAAAAAGAUGGAGGAAGUCUACAAUGGAAGAAAUUGUAUGGAAAGUUUAUCCAUAAUAAAGAAAGAUGUCUUUAAAGAGAAUAUUUCCAUUUUGUAUCCACUGUUGGGUACAUUAUCCAUGAUAGCAAAUACAAGAUUCUACGUUUUGGCGAUAUUAUCUUCAAUUUUCCUCUUCACAAUUCAUAGUAUGGAGGGAAUAUAAAGCUAUGUCAUUCAGAUUGUAACUCAUCGAAAGAACCAUUUACUGCCCAACAAAGUAUAUUCGUUAUCAGCGAUUCAAUUGUAUUCCGCUGUCCGUUUGUGAAAAUCUCUAACUUUCGAGGAAAUAGGAAACCUAGAUGACUAAAAUUUUGAUCACACACAUGUUAUGUAAGAUUGAGUUAUGGAAUUGAAAAUGGCAUAUAUCGGUCCAUGACAAAAAAAAUUCCAUUAUUGGGAAUUUUGAUGAUUGUACCCACAUUUUGAAUUGGAACCUAUCAGGCAGAUAGCGGUCCACAUACAGGGUGAGAUAAAAAAGGUGCAACAAAAUCAAACUCCAAAAUUAUUUUUUUAAUUUUAUUGAAUGAUACCGUCACACGCUGCCCGAAUGUUGCUCUGCGUAAUUUUGGCCCAUUCCCGGCGAAGCGCUUGUUUGAGGUUAUCGACACUUUGGUAUUUUUUAGUGCCAACCUUGGUUUCCAGAAUACUCCAGACACAAUAGUCCAACGGAUUGGUAUCCGGAGAUUUUGGUAGCCAUUGUGCGCUGGAAAUGGAGGGAGGAACCUCAUUUUGUAACCAUUCUUAGCUGGCGCGUGCUGAGUGCAAUGGUGCUGAGUCCUGUUUGAAUGUCCAAGGUCUGCGGCCAAAAUGUUUGGGUGCCCAUGGCUUUAAUACAUCUUCCUGAAUAUUUUAUCGAUAAUAUUCGGCAUUUAUUCUGAUGCCACGGUCGAUUAAUACGAGCGGAGAGCGACCAUCGGCUGUUAUGGCGGCCCACACCAUAACCAUGACCGGCGCUUGAGUUCUGGUGGCCAACCGAAGGUGAACAUUUUCAGCUGACCUCUUUGGCAAGUAAACACGAUCAUUUUGUUUGUUUACAAACUGCUGGACAACGGAGUAGUCAUGUAUAGAAGUUUUUGGAACCGCCCAGGGCUCUAUGGGCUAGGUUACUGUACAAAUUAACAAUAAAUAAAAAAAUGUUUUCUCAUCGCAGAAACCCAAAUUGGGCAGUUCACCACUUUCGGUCUAGCAAUGCUUUAGCUCUUUUGAGUCUAUUUUCUUUCUGUUGCGGGAUAAGCUAUUGCACUUUUUGGAAUUUCAAUUGCUUUACCCCUACCUCAUUUUUCAAUAUUUGCCGAAUGGAAUAUUGCGACAUGUUCAGCUCACAAGCCAUUUUUCGGCCACUUCGACGCGGGUUUCGAUUCGUCGCUUCUUUACUUUUCGAACCAUUUCUGCUGAUGUUGCUGUUUUCUUCCGUCCACUUCCUUGACGUUGGGCUACGCUACCAGUAUCAAGAAAGAAAUCGCACGAUUUCGUUUGAAUUCCAUCACGAAUAACUUUUUUUCCAGAAAAUUCUCACCAAAAUGCUUUUGUACGCUUGUAAACAAUAUAAUGAGCUGUCACUGGAAUAAUUUUGACAGCUGUCGGACGAGUGGCUUAGAAAUGACAGUAGUCUGAAGUUGGUUACAGUUUUUUCAUCUCACCCUGUAUAUUAAAAUCCUUAAAAAAUUAAUUCCCAAAAACCCUAUUUUUAAUAGCAAACCAUUUAGCUUGGAAAACGAUACAUUACAAUGCGUACAUCAAGUAUCCCGAUAUUCGUUCGUCGAGAUGUGAGGGUAUAGCACAUAAAGGGUCAUCGAGGCAUCAAGGACACUGUUUACACCUAAAGCGUUUUUAAUAGUUAUGCCUUCAGCUUGAAAAACACAAUAUUCACUUUUUUAAGCUUAAAUGAGAAUUCCAAAAUAAUCUACCUGAUAUGCUGCUCCCUUAGAAUUCUGCAUCUGAGACCAUAGGUAUAUAUUUAUAUAUUACCGUUUAUUGGUAUGUUGUAACUCGAAGUUCAUGUGUCGAGAUUUAUAGGUAUGGGACUGGAGUACUUUCAGGACUUAAAUUCAAUAUGGUCACCCAACACAAUUUCUAUUAACCAAUAGAUCUAAAGCCCUUGGAAAUAACAUAUUCAAAUAUUAUCUCCUUUUAGAUACAUUUUAAAAAUAAUUGUUUAAAUAUUAUGAAUUUCGUAUACAUAAAUUUGUACCCUUUGAAGGAGUAACUAUCCGCAUUUGGCACACUUUAUGCAAGCUAUAAAAUUAUCUAUAUUGAAAAAAAAUUAGCAAUAUACCUUAGGGUUUAAAUUUUGUUUUCAAUUAUAUUUCAUUGUUUCCAUCUACAAUUCUUGACCACUCGACUUAUUUGUGAUAACUUCUAAUAUAUUGUUUUUAUGGAUAUCAGACUUUUUUCCCACCUGAGACCAUUUUAGCUCUCUUAAUUUUUUUUCGUUUUAUUUAAAAAUUUUCUGUUCUACUAAAUUUGCUUUAAAAACUUUCCUUUAUCCCCUUUUAAAAAUUAUUUGUUUUGUGUAAAAAAUGUUUCGUUUUGAAACGACUGUGAUUUGUAAGAAAAUAUGUACAGGAAAAUGUAAAUAAUACUCCUUUCAUCAGUAAAUCAUACAAGCAAUAAAUACAUGUUAUUUAUUAAAAAAAAGAAUGAUCGAAAUUAAAUGUAGUAUAAAGAAAUCGUUUUGAAACAUAUUCAAAAAUCGAAUCGAAAAAUAGAGACUAGAAGAUUAAAAAACUACUAUUCCUUAAAUAUUUUUUUUUAAACAACAACACAAUAUAGUAUUUUUAACAAAAUAAUGUAAGUUAUAAUUUUACAAAUGUUUCAAUUUUUUUAAUAGAAAAUAAGCUGACGUACUUUUAAAGUACAUUGCCCACUUAAGUCCUUAAUGUAUUCAGUUUUACAUUUUUUUAUAAAUAUAUAUAAAUAUCACAUAUAUAAUAUAGCGUGUAAAUAAUACUCUUAACAAUUAAUUCUAAAUGUAUAUAAAUAGUGUAUUUUUUAGGUUCUCUUUUUAUUAAAAUAUAAAGAAAAAUUAAAAAAAAACGAAAACUUAGCAAUUAAUCAUAUACAUAUAGUCGUAACUAAAAUGUUUUUGUAUUUAUUUAGACAACUAAGAAAAGAAUUUUUAUAUGUAUAAUUGUAGUUAAUAUUACAGUUUUCCAAUUCGUCUUAUUGUCGUCAACGUCAUUUGUCCUAUUAUUGUUUAUAGAUAUAUAUAUAUAUAUAAGUCAAUGCUUAUAACAUGUACUUAUAUACACACGUUUUUUUUUUUUUUUUUCUAGUUUACUUUAGAUGAUUAUUAUUUCCUCCCCUCCCCCCAUCACCAAACGAAUUACAAAUUCGUACAGCAAAAGAAUCAAGAAUUUAUAAAAAAAUAAAAACAAAAUCAGAUAAAUAAAACUAUACAUAUUUUUUCUGUUUAGCUAUAAUUACACACAUAGAAUAUACAAAAAACAAAAAGUAUAUGUUUUUAAGAAAAAAGUAACUAGAAAUUAUGUCGAUAAAGAUUUGAUGCACAUCCGCCGACAUCAUCGCUAACACAAUGCAAACAAAAAAUUCAAUAUACAUAUGUAUAACACUUUUCUUGAAAAGAGAAACAUUUUCAAAAUAAUAAUGAUGAUAUAUAAAUAUACACAUACUUAUAAAGAA